UAACACUUAAACUCUUCUGCAAAUAAUUAUCCUCUCUCUAUGGAUUGCAUUCUGUUGUCAAAACGCAAGAGCACUAUAAAUGUUGCGCUUUCCCCCAGAAAACAGGGCAGUGACUUUUUGUUCAAUGUGCUCCCAGAACGGAUUGCGAUGAUUGUGUCCAACUUAAGUGUGAUCAGCUGCAGGAGGGCGAACAACGCGCUGUGCCUCAGUGCAGUGGAGGGACAUUUGGAGGCGUCCUCCCCCUACAGCACUCUCAGUCCCACCGGCCACCUGCUCGUGGCGAUGAGCUUGGGCUUCAUCGGCACUUUCGGAUUCCUCAACAACCUCCUGGUUCUCGUGCUCUUCUGCCGCUACAAGGUGCUGCGGUCCCCCAUAAACUUUCUGCUGGUGAAUAUUUGCUUGAGUGAUCUCCUGGUGUGCGUGUUGGGCACGCCGUUCAGCUUCGCGGCGAGCACUCAAGGGCGAUGGCUCAUCGGCGACAGUGGAUGUGUAUGGUACGGCUUUGCCAACUCGUUGUUAGGCAUUGUGUCGCUUAUCUCCCUGGCAGUGCUAUCAUAUGAACGCUACUGCACAAUGAUGGGCUCCACAGAAGCUGAUGCCACCAACUACAGGAAGGUGGCCUGUGGGGUGGUGAUGUCCUGGGUUUACUCUUUAAUCUGGACUCUGCCCCCUCUAUUUGGUUGGAGCCGCUAUGGCCCAGAAGGCCCUGGAACCACCUGCUCUGUAGACUGGACAACCAAGACCGCCAAUAACAUUUCUUACAUCAUCUGCCUCUUCAUUUUUUGCCUGAUUAUCCCCUUCCUGGUCAUUAUUUUCUGCUAUGGUAAGCUGCUGCAUGCCAUUAAACAGGUCAGCAGUGUGAACACGACUUUGAGCCGCAAACGAGAGCACCGGGUUCUUCUCAUGGUGAUCACCAUGGUGAUCUUCUAUCUACUCUGCUGGCUGCCCUAUGGGAUCAUGGCUCUGCUGGCCACUUUUGGAGCCCCUGGACUGGUGACUGUGGAGGCAAGCAUAGUGCCCUCCAUCUUAGCGAAGUCCAGCACUGUCAUAAAUCCCAUCAUAUACAUCUUCAUGAAUAAACAGUUCUACAGGUGUUUCAGAGCACUUCUCAACUGUGACAAACCCCAGCGAGGUUCCAGUAUGAAAAGUUCUUCAAAGGCAACUAAACCUUUUCGGCCUGGACGGCGCACAGACAACUUUACAUUUGUGGUGGCUUCAGUGGAACCCACAGCAGUCCUCAAUAAUACAAACCCAGUGGAGGACGGCCCUCUAUCAACAGAUAAUGCCAGACCUGCAGUGGUCUCCCUUGUGGCCCAUUAUAAUGGUUGAGAGUUAUUCUGUUUCAAAAAUGGCAAGACUUGAAUAAACUUUUCACACAAAAUGAGGUAAAUGCAGUGUGGGAUUUGGAGGAUUUUACAGGCAUAUGGCGUAUAAAAACUAUGAAAAACGAGAAAAGGAAAGAAUCCGGAGGGAAGCUAAUUUUGUGAAGUUUAUUUUUGUGUUCAAUAUGUGUCUGCUAUCCAAACAACAAGGUGUUAUAUUCUAGUAGUAAUAUGUAGCUAGCAGUUCCUAAUUCUGCAGAUGUUGAUAUUACUAUUUUUGUAGACAUGUCCAAAAGAUCUGUUGAGAAAAAAAUACUAUUCUCAGUACAGUAAACAACAGCUCUUAAAUGUCUCUUUGAAAAGACAUUUUUUUUGUAAUAGUCCUGAAAAAAAACAAAACAAAAAAAAACGAUAUUUCUAACAAUGUACAAGUUGUUAAUUGUUUUAAUGGUAUUAAAACAAAAGGGUUCCCUUUCAGUCGCUCAUGUUC